UGGUGGUCACUGAAGAUACAGCUCGUUGGAAAAAUAAAUCGACAAGAAAUUUUAAGAGACAAUUUUAUACUUCAGAAAGUGUGUGUUCGGCAUUUGAUUGUAAUUUUGUUGUUUAGUUUUUUUGUUUCGAAUUUGAUAUUUUGAUUGAAUUUUUACAUUUAAUUUUUUAUGGACGAGAGAUGAUUGUCGUUCUGCUGCAAGUUUUUUUGUUUGUUUUGUUUUUGUUUUAAAUGAAACGUUGAGUUGAGUCACAUAAUAUAACACUAAUUUGUUCGAUUUGAGCAUCUCGUUUUGUAUUGUUUAUAUUUAAAAGAGGCGGUAAACAUGCAAAAUUAUGGUUGACACUUCUUCUAUAGACUUAUGAUUUAAAUUUAAUUUUUAUUGAAUUUAAAAAUAAAAAAAAAAAACAUUUUUUUGAGUACAUACUGUCGGUGUCCAUUCUAAGUUAACAACACGUUCUUUGGCAUAGAUACUAUAAAUGUUGUGCAUUAUGCAAAUAAAUAAAUAAAUUGAAUAUUAUCGCCGUAAUAUCUACCUACUUCGUAUAAAUAGUAUAAAUGUUGUGUCGUUUAAAAUAUAUUUGAAAUAAUAAUAAAUAAAGAAAAAAAAAACCGAGAGAUAGCAUAAAACAAGUUUAAUAUCAAAAAUUUGAAUAUUAUCUAUUGUUUGGAAAAAUAUGUCUAAAUAUUAAGUACAAACAACAAAAACAGUGGAACGUAAUUCAAAGUUAAAAAUUCCAUGUCCAUUUGCCAGUGCUUUUCAAAGUUCAAUAACUAAAUUUCUAUGUGCUUCAUAUACAUAUGUGGGCUUCGAUAACUUGUUUUGAUGAUUACGGAUUUUGCUGAGCAACAUGUCCCGAAGGAAACAGUCAAAUCCCAAACCACUAUUGAAAAGCGAUUGCGAAAGUACGGCUGGAGAAAUGGAAACAUUGAGAGAUCAAGAUGCAGAUAACCCCGUCGACAAACAGUCACAAGUUACCGAUAUCACCACCGAAAUGAUCAAAUCACGAUCACCAAGUUCCGUUGGCGAAACGUCACCAAGCUUCUCCAAUUGUAGUUCGCCGAUAUCACCGUCGACCAAUGACCAUUCGGAUCAACCGCAAACGGAACCAAAGUCACCGGCAAACAAUGUGGAAAUUAAGCAGGAAAUAGUUUUACCAAAGCUACGACUCAAUGUAAUGCUAGCAUCGGAUCCAGCAUUGCAGCCAGAAGCUAAAGACUUGAAAGUGAUCCGAUUAAAUGAAUCGGCUGUCGACAAUAAAAACAAUCACAACAGUGACCGAGAUCCGGAUGAUGCGAGACAGCUAAAUGAAAUGCAUCAGCAAGUGGUUGACAAUAAAGUUGAAAGUUACAUGGCACCGAUUACCGAGCCCAUCAUAAAUGUGGAUGUAAUACCACGCGUUCCUGGUUUUAAGUGCGGUCCGUGUGGCAUAAAAUUUUCAUCAAUAUCAACGUUAGAGGCGCACCAAACAUAUUACUGCACGCACAGGAAAGACGCUGACGAAAGUAACGCAUCAAAGCCAUCAACGAACGAUGAUGGAAAUGGCACAGAAUCGACUUGCAAAAGUAUUAGGAUUGGUAAACAGUACGCUUGUAGCCAAUGUUCAUAUAGUGCUGAUAAGAAGGUGUCGCUGAAUCGACACAUGAGAAUGCAUCAGACGUCUCCCACUCCAAGUUCUGUGACUUCAAAUGGAGAUGAUUGCCCUAGUCAGAUUCAGCAAAUAGAUCGAUACUGCACUGAUUGCGACAUAAGAUUUUCGAGUACCAAAACAUAUCGCGCCCAUAAGCAACAUUAUUGCAGCAGUAGACACCGGGAUGGAACUGCUGCCUCGACGCCUGCCCCAAAAUCGAAUGCAUCCAAAAGCGGAUCUCAAAGUCCUCCGGAACUAGCGAAAAGUCCACCAGUUAUGUCACCACCAUAUUUAGCAUUGCCAACCAAUCCAAUCGUCAUAAUUCCUUAUUCUCUCAUCCGAGGUGCAUCGGUCCUGCCUGGACCACUAACGUCGGCAUCACCAGCCACUAGCAAUCCAGACUUAACGUGUUACAUUUUGAAAAACGGAUCACUAAGUCCAAUAGCUCAAGCAUUGGCCGUACAAUCGGCUGUUUCGCCAGUACCACAACGAUCUCAAACACCAAACAACAUUGCUUCCAACAUUAUAUCGGGGGAUGCAGGAGCUAACACAAUACCAAUCGAACUGAUGAAAGUGAAGAAAAAGGAGACCAUGUCAAUGGCACGAGACCUUACCAUACCAUUAGAUCUGUCCGUUCGUCGAUUGUCAUCGGAAAUGUUGCCGCACCGGGAACGAUCCGUAUCAUUUUCGUCGUGUUUAUCUGGCGAUCACGGACGUCUCAGCAUUGACAUGAUGAUGGAGGGCAAAGAAAACCUUUCCAUUGAAAGUAAUUCGGUGACUCCUGAACAGAUCGUGUGCGCUCCAUCGUUGCCGGGCAGUCCACCAUUAACGCCAUCACCAAAGAGAAGCUCUCAUAGUCCUCGCGGUAUAUUGGCCGCAUCUCCGAAUUCCAUUCACUCAUCGAAUCAUACCCAAUCCGCAAUGUUACGUCAAUUGAUUCCAUCCGAUUUAGCCGCUCGACUGUCUGAGUCUAGUCUUAAUUUACACACACCAAAGCCAUUGUUCGAUCGUCAGAGUGCAGAGCUAACGCUACGAAUAUCGACCACAUCAAAUGCGUCCACAAAUCAUCUGGAAAAUGCACAGAGCAAAUCGACCGGAUUGACUGCGAACAAGAAGGCCAGCACAUCCAAUUCCCUCGCCACCGGACAACCGCAGAUAUUUGUCAAGCAAGGCGUCUCGAAGUGCAAAGAGUGCAACAUCGUGUUCUGCAAAUAUGAAAACUAUUUGGCUCACAAGAAGCACUACUGCUCGGCCCGAAAUUUGGAAGACAAAGAAGGAAGUAAACCCAGUCCACCGCCAUCGCCAUCAACAAAUGCAUCGGGUGGUACCGCUCCGUUGGCAUAUCAGCAAUUGAUUUGUGCCGCAUGCGGUAUCAAAUUCACAUCUUUGGAUAAUCUCAGCGCCCAUCAGAUGUACUACUGUCCCAAACGCAUAGAAAUUCCAUUGCAGACGCCACAAAAGGAGAAAUGCACCAAAUGCAAGUCAGUGCAUGAACCGAAUGGCCAAUGUCCCAAUCAGAACGUCUACAAAUGUCCCAUAUGUGAUGUUGUCAGCGUGAAUGCAGCCGAAUCUCGUAGACAUAUUGAGACCCAUGCCGGCGUGAAAGCGUUUCGAUGUUCUAUUUGCCGGUACAAGGGCAACACACUGCGUGGCAUGAGAACGCACAUCCGGAUGCAUUUCGACAAGAAGUCAACCGAUUUCAAUGAGGAGCAUUACAUCUCUUGCAUUUUGGAGGAGGAUGUUCUGGAAAUACCACCGGUUGCGCAGAUGGCACCAACGGAAUCCGUUCAGCCGCAGUUACAUUGCUGUGAUAAAUGCAAUUACUCGUCAAGCUAUAAGGGAAAUGUGGUUCGACACAUUAAACUGGUGCAUACGCAAACCCAAAUUCACUCAACGUCACCAAAAUUGGGCGAAGGUGGCGAGAGUUUGUUGCAUAGCGACAAUUCAACCAAACCAACGUCAGUAAGUUUGGUAAUAAAAACCGAACCAGGCGAACCAAUCGACACCAAUCGAUCGUCGUCCGACAUUGAGGUGAUCAACGAGCCGCCACUGAAACGGAUCAAACUGGAAGCGAAAGAUGCGGACGAUAAAACGGUGACUGAAACAAUAGAGUCUGAUUGUAAAGCGACGGCCGACCGGUCGACGAUUGUAGCUAGUACAGAGCCUAAAUAUUGCAAUAUUUGUGAUAUUACAUUUAACUAUUUAAAUACGUUCAUUGCGCAUAAGAAAUUUUAUUGUAAAAAUGUCACCGCCGAUAUUGAAACCAAUAGUUCAGCCAUAUCACAACCACAGCCAGCAGCAACGGUAUUAACACGGACGGCCGAAACAUCGGUUUUGUGAAAUAUGUGCCAGUGAUUGGCACAAAUUCAAUCGUUUCUCUGCCAGCACACACAUACACACACACACACUGUUUGAGUAGUUUAGAUUAACCGAGUAGGAAUAUAUUCAAUUACUUAAGCGAUAGUUCUGUAGCUGAGACAAUAUACAGGACGGAAAUGAAAAAAAUUCAAUUAAAAAAUUCCAUCGUGAACAGUGAGACAUUAACAAAUUAAAUAAGAAAAAAGUUUUUAAAAAAUUACAGAAAACGUUAAAAUGGUUCGAUAGAAGCCAGUUCAAUAUUCACGAAAACAAGACACUCACUAGCACAUUCAAAUUUUUUUUUUUCGAACAGUCAGUGGCUUAAGAGUCAUAUCGCCAAGACUUCAGGUGAUUG